UGAUUUUUACAUUUCCCUCUGCUCAUCUCUGCUUCAACGCAUCUCUGCAUCAACACGGUUCCUGGGGUUCUAUGGAUACUUCUAUAUUCUUCGGCUAUGGUAACAGUUUAAGGUUAGAUCUUGGGAAUGAAAAUAAGGUGAUCCUUACAAUGCUAAAGUUAUUGAGAGUACAUUCGGCAUCGUUUUUGAAUGUAGGGUCAGGUUUGGUUGUUUUACAAUUGAAAUUUGCAGCUCUGUUACAUCAAGAAUCAUCUGCAUCUAUAGAUUUAACUUUAACAUGCAACAAAGUGAAAUGGGAUUUAUGGAGUGCAGUUUGCUUAGAGAGACAUCCAGUUAUUACCAAACCUAUGAAUGAACUUCAAACUAGAUUUAAGAAAAUGUUAAAUGAGAUUGAAUUUGAAAAUAGUAUGAAAUCUGAUCAUGAAUUACGUUCAGAAUUGGAGCAAAAACGUUUAGAAAUGAAAAUGAUAGACAUUGAUGCAGAUGUAGUAAUUAAUGAAACAGCUCAAGAUUUAGAAGAUAAGUACGAAAAAGAAUUUUUACAAUUUCAAUUUGCCCCAAGGAUUACAGAAGCUGAUCAAAAGAAUAUAACAGAUUCUUUACAGCGUAAACUUGACAGGAAUCUGCUUUUAUUGACGGAACAAAAACUAGGAGACAAUAAAUAUUGGUUACCUCCCCAAGGUCUUAGAAAAGAAGGAGAAACUAUGAGACAGGCAGCAGAAAGAGUUUUGGCGGAUGCUUGCGGAACACAACUUAAUGUUAGAUUUUAUGGAAAUGCUCCUUUUGGUGUAUAUAAAUAUAGAUAUCCGAAUAGUAUUAGAGAACAGGGUUCUUAUGGUGCAAAAAUAUUUUAUUUUUUAGCAAAGUAUUUAGGAGGCAGCAUUGAAAAAAAUACAAAGUAUCAAUGGCUUGAUAGAAAUGAACUUGAAGCAAUUGUUCCAGCAAAAGUACAUAAACGUUUAUCACAAUUUUUAAUAUCGGAAUGAAUGAUUUAAUAAUUAGAUAAUUUUUCAUUCAGAGUAGAGCAUAUGUGAAAAAUAAGUGCAAAAAGAUAAAAGAAAAACAUUAAACAUGAACUGGGAAGGAAACAAAUCAGACAUUUUUUAUAUUCAAUGUUUUGUAAGAUUGAGUGAGAUAUAUUCAUCUUUAAUCUGUACAUAAACAAUAUUAAAUGUGCUGAUAUCACAAAA